AUGGUCGACCGCAGCAAAGGGUCCUUGCGCUUGUUGAGGGAUGACACGAUGAUGGAGGUCAAGCUUGAUAAAGACGUCAGACGGCCAAGGUUGACAUUUCCGACUCCCGAAAUUCGCCGAAUUGAGCCGGUGUGUGAGUUCGUGUCCGAGCGCAAAGACCAUCCGUCCGCGUGUCGUCUCCUCAUCACCAAUCCCCUGCAACACAGCCGCUCGUUCAAGGCUGCAGCGGUGUCCAUCAUGCAGCAGCAAGGUGCGGGCUCGGGCUCGGGCUCAGGAUUCGGCUCCGCCUUCGGCUCUGCGGCCGGUUCCGGAUCUGGCUUUGGGUCUAGCUCCGCCUUUGGGUCUAGCUUCGGUUCUGCUUCGGGAUCCAAACCUGGAUUCGGGACCGGCUCCGGUCAACCUACACCAGGUGGUGGUGGCUCAAGCUUCGGCUCUUUUGCCCGACCACAGCCUCCAUCAGUAUCGACAAGCAGCGCGCCGCCCAACACCUUCUCUCGACCUCCUUCCGGCCCCAGCAAUGUACCGUCUGCCUUUACCUCCGGCUUCUCGCAAGGCGGGCAGCAGCAGCCAGGCUUCGGACGUCCUCGACCCUUCACCAGCAGACCGCGACCACAGUUUCAGCAGCAAUCAUCUUUCGGCAACUCGCGCCCUGUCAACUCGGGGCAAUUUCACCAGGGACAGGGGCAGGAGCAACAACAGUCACCGUUCGGGAACCGACCAAGACCCUUCACCGCACGGCCAUCAGGCCCGGGAGGCCCUGGACAAGAGGGUAGACCGCCAAUGUCCGGAUCGUUCCGUGGCGGUAGAGGCGCUAGUGUUGCGCGGCCCGGCAGGCCAUUCGCGUCAAACGUGGAUGCCGACGGCCAACGAGGACCGACAGACGCAAAUGCAAAUCUAGCAGGCGCCAGCGGAAAUGUUUACCAACCUAGACCUCGACCAAGACCAUUUGCUAACAAGUCGACCACCUUCAACACACAGCCUUCUGCGACGUCAUCAGCUUUCGGUGGUCAGUCGGCUGGACAAGCACCCGCACCUCCUUCUGCCUUCGGCGCUGCUGCCUCCUCUCAGAAUGCCUCAGCCCCAGCUCCCAAACCCGCACCAACGUUUGGGUUCGGGCAGCCGAGUGGAUCUGCCUCUGGCAUACCGCAAAGUAAUGGCUUUGGUCAAAGCUCUUCUGCGUUUGGCUCCUCUUCAGCCAAUCCCACCCCUGGCUCUCCAUCACCAUUUGGGGCACCACAGGGAGCCGCACCGGCCUCUGCCUCUGCUUUCGGCGCGAGUUCGUCCGCCUCCACUUUCGGCUCGUCCUCUUCUUCCGCCUUUGGAAGCAGCCCCAAUUCAACCGCGUUCGGCUCAGCACCGGCCGCAAGCCAAGCCAAUCUUGCUCCUGCCACCACUGCUGCUCCGGCUCCGUCUCCAGCCGCAUUAGCUCCGCCGUCCAGCUUUGCUCCUGCUCCCACCAACACUGCGCCGACGAGCUCCUUCUCCAACUUUCUCCGAAAAGAUCGCACCGGAACUUCGACUCCAGCUGAAGGGUCCAGAUCGCCGUUGCCAAGCGUCAGCUUCGGAAACAAGGGCGCGGAGGACGAGGAUGAGCUGCGCAAGAAACGUUUUGAGGACGCUCCCAAAGUGGGCAACCGCUUCCUCGAGAUGAAGGGCGGAAGGGAAGCUCUUCGCAAUGCCUACAUCAAGUCCGGCGUGCUUCCCGACCCGGACAAGCCGACCGACCUCGCCUUGGCAGUCAAGCUCGUCGGAACAUGCCAGGACAUGUGCCCCGAGUUUGAGCGCGAAGAACGAGAGUUUCAAAAGGAGCUCGACCCGCUCGAAGUAUACCCGGGCACCGACCGAGUCGAUCCGCGCAUCGCCGUCAAGAUCUACCGUCGCCCCGCCGCUGGUCGCGAGCUGCCGCUGCCAGAAGACGUGCGCCCGCCGCCCGUCCUCAAACGCACCCUUGACUACCUCUUCCACGACCUUCUCCCGGCAGAUCCCAACGACCCACGAUUCACGGCUGUCCAAGGCUUCCUGUGGAAUCGAACGCGAGCAGUGCGACAGGACUUUAUCGUGCAGAGCGAAGGCGGUGCCAUCGCCAUCGAAUGCCACGAGCGCAUCGCAAGGUACCACAUCCUCUGUCUGCACUGGCGAGGCGGGCCCGGCGCAGAGGGGUGGAGCGAGCAACAGGAACUCGAGCAGCUGCGCAAGACCAUGCGCAGUCUCAUCGAGUUCUACGAUGACAAUCGCCGAAAGUCAGCCACGGGCGCAGGCGCCGUUGUCCAGCCAUCUCCCAACGAGGCUGAGUUCCGCGCAUACAAUCUCCUGCUCCACCUUCGAGAUCCCGAGACGCUGCGCGAAGCCGAGCUCUUACCCGGCGACAUCUUCCGCGCCCCUGCUGUGCAGACUGCGUUGAAUCUGCGCCAGCUGGCACAGCGUUCCAACAACCUCGAGAAGCGCGGUCAGCCGAGAAACACCGAGGCCACGCUCAACUUCUUCUCCAAGUUCUUCGCCGAGCUGCGCAAGCCGAGCGUCAACUAUCUCAUGGCCUGUCUGGCGGAGAAUUCGUUCAGCUCCGUGCGCAUUGGUGCGGUCAAGGCUAUGGGUAAAGCGUACAUGGCGCAGCACAGGGGUCUGCCGAUCGAUACAAUGCGCCAUGUGCUGGCCAUGGACUCCGACGAGCAGGUGAUCGCUCUAUGCACGCAUCUUGGUCUCGAGUUCGAGUACGACGGACAGACGCCUGUGGCUGUCAAGAUCCACAAGACCGCGACGGUCAACGAGGACAAACCGCUCGUCUCACCAUUCAGCGCGACGAUCGUCGAAGCGAAACGUGGCUCGUGGAAGAGCGCCGACGUGAUCGACGGCCGUGCGUCGGGGGCAGGUGCGAUCUUGCCGAACACGCAGAAUGCAGCGCAGGGCUUCGCGCCGAUGCCAUCCAUGGCGAAGCCGGCACCUGGUCCCACCUCAUCCAGUCUGGACUUCAAGGCGCCGUCUCAGGCGGCGAGCAGUCUUGGCUCGACCAGCAUGCCCAAAUUCGGCCAGUCGAUCGCAGGACAAGGUGCCCAGGGCACCUCGGCAUUCUCGGCGUCUUCUCCAUCGAAGCUGUCUGUCGCCGCCACCAGCUUCAUGCCUUCCGCAUUCGGCUCGGGUUCGAGCAGCGCCCCGUCGACAGCCGCACCGGCGAGCUCGUUUGGCGGCUUUGGUGGGUUUGGUGGCAGCAGCGCCACGAAGCAAGAAUCGCCCACGAAGUCUGGCUUGCCGUCAUUCGGGGGCUUCGGCAAAGAGCCUGCCACUGACUCAAAACCGACGGCCACGACUCCUGCGCCCGAUGCCAAGUCCCCGCUCCCUUCGCUCGCGUCGGCCGACAAGCAGACGACGCCCUCGUCCCUGCCCAGCUUUUCGUUUGGUCAGCCAAGCACGAAAGCUCCCUCAGCUGCUGCGGCUCCUGACGCAAAGCCGGCCUCGCCUUUCACAUUUGGCUCCUCGCAGGCCAAGGACACCGAGCCCAGCAAGACAACGAUGCCGUCCUUCUUCCCUACAUCGUCGAAACCUCAAGACAGCAAGACGGAAAAGCCCGGAGCUCCCGCAUCACCUUCCAAGCCGGCCGAUGCUGACGCUGUCUCUACGCCAGCCGCAACGUCUCAGAAGCGUCGCGGGUCUGACCCUGCUGCGGCCGCCGCAUCUCGCGCCGCGGCUGCGGCAGUCGCCGAGGCAGAAGCCAAGGCGCGGGCGAAGCGCAAAGCAGCCGCACGUGCACAAGCCGUCGAGCGGGCAUUCAAGACGCUUUCGAGCGAAGCGAUCCAGUCUGCCGCCGCCUCGACCGCUGCUGCUGCGGUGGAGGAAGAGCGUGCGCGUCGCCGAGCCGCCUCGCGGCACGAGCUGCUGACACGUCUGAGCGACCGGAUGUGGGCGCAGCUGGCCGAGGAGCGGGCGGCGGCUGCAGCGGAGGACGCGGCGCGCAAGGCAGCUGCGGAGGUCUUCCGCUCUCGAAGCGGGACUAUGAAAACCUGGCAGCACUGGCGGGCCGCUCUGGAGGAACGACGCGAUCGCGAGCAUCAGAAACAGCGUCUGGAAACGAUUCGCAGCGAGAUCAAGCGGCGAAACGUCCUGGGCCGCAUCCAGGCGGACUCGGGCGCAUCCAACGGCUCGUCGCCAGGCACUCACGGCAAACGCGUGUCGAUCUCGCAGUCGGUGCUAACGGGCGUACGACGCACGUCGGGGCGCGACGCGCAAGUCACCUCGCCGCAGAGGCGCAAGCUGGCAGGCGAUCGAUCCGCGCAUGGCGAUGAUGCGGAGCUGUCGGCGCAGUGGACACGUGUGCGGCGGCAACGCGGCGAGCUGUGGGCCGAGGGAUCGCUGCUGGAUCGGCUUGCGGACCACAUCGAGGAGCUGCUACUGCACUUCCGGCCUGCUGACCUGGACGGGCUGGUGGUGCUGUACUCUGGCGCGCCCGGUCAGCAUGUCGCAUCCAACUGGCUGCGCGUCAAGUUCGGCUUCUCCCCCUCAUCGCCCGCGCCAAGCACAGAUGGCGGUCGAGAUGUGCUUGAGGUGGAGUUGGCGGAUGGAUCGCAUUUGGCGCUGGUGGAUGUUACUCGCAGCGGCGAUGGGGCGACGCUCGACUCGAUGGUACCGGCCGAGGAGGAGCACAGCCAGGUGGGACUCGUCGUGUUCGAGACCAAUCCGAAUGCUGCGCGAGCGAGCUCCUCGCAGCGACGCGCGAUGGUCAAAGAGGACCGUAGCAGGCUCGAGGAGAUUGCGCAGUCGCGCGUUGUCAAGCAGAGCCGUCUGGCGUGUCGCCUGCUGCUGGUGACGUGGGGCAGCUCUGACUCGCAGCCGACUCGAAGCGCGACGUCAGACGGUGCGAUCGAGGACAUCGAGAUGGCUGACGGCACCGCCUCCGAGUCUGAUGCCAACGACGCCGCUGCGAGUCUGUUCAGCUCACUUGGGCUGGAUGCGUCCAAGGCGGUGCGUGGCACGGGAGGCGUGUACGCGGCCGCUCCGCACACGGGGUCGGCGGUGCUCUCGCGCGCCUUCGAGCGCAUCGGGGUGCUGGAGCUCGCCGACGCAUCGGUGUCGAUCGAGAGCACGCUGACGACGCUGCUUCCGCGGGCGAUGCCUGAUCUGGCGCCGAGUUCUCACCUCGACGGAGCUCGGCGCGUGACGCUGGACGAAGUGGCGCGCGAGCUGGUGGACCAGUGGUCGCGCACGUGCGUACUGCUCUACGACCUCGUGUGUGCCUUUCCGCCCAUCGUGCUAUCGGGCACUUUAUCGGCCAGAGCGGAGGAAGCAGCAUGCAAGGCGCUAUGCAUCCUCAGCGCUCUGGUGAACUACGUGGUUCGUGCGAUUGUUGUUCGUUGCGAGCUGACGCCGGAUGCCGAGGUGGUGGAGAUUGGGAUUCCGACUCGCGGGAGGCUGGUGGAGAUGGCGCUGGAGCAGCUAGAAGCGCUACCGGAGAGCGUUGCGGAGCAGAGGGAGGGGUUGCGGUACCGGAUGCUGUCGACACUACCGGAGGGGGGGUUGGAGGCGACGGUGGCGCAUGUGAACCGGAUGCAUGUCGAGGGGAUGUUGCGGAUUGCACUGGGCGCACUCGAGCGCGUGUGGAUUGCGCCGCUGGAUGGCGCGGAUUGGAAGGCAGCCGUGGAGGGUAUGGCGAGCUUGUGUGCGGCAGCGGUGCGCGAGGUGGCAGCCGAGACGAGGAGGAUCGCCAAGGAUGCGCGGGCUGCAGGCGCAGGUGGGGCCAAGCGCAUGCGCAACGAUGCUUCACCACCGAGCUCGGUGCACGAGGAUGGGAAGGAGACGGGAGGAAGCGCAGUCGACCAGCUCCGACAGCUCAUUGCACGCACAAAGCGGUUCCUCGACACACCAUCGCACGCAUAG